AUGAGCUCUGCUCGAGAUGAACUUCCAGAUGAGACCUGCGGGGGUGGGACGCUCCCGCGCGCUCAGGUUCCGCACCUGUCAAGCGCCAGCGGUGGCCUAGGCCGUCGCCGGGAUCUGGGACCGCCCCGGCCGGCGGAACUCCAGGCCGGCCCCUGCCGCCGGAGCCCGAGCGCCGCCCCGCUCGCGAGGCCGGGGAAAGGGGGCGCAGCCCUCCACGUGGCGGGGCGCGGGGCGGCGCACCUCACCUGGGCUCCGCGCCGCCGCCUCCCGCGCUCUGCGCCCUCGGCUCGGCUUGGCUCGGCUCGGCUCGGUCCGGUUCGGCUCUCAGCGGGAGGAGCCGCCCGGGCUUCGGCUCGCGCGCGGCGGCGCCUCGGGCUGCGUGCUGAUUGGCUGGCCAAGGGACCCUGGCGUGGAGCGCGCGUGCCCGCCGCGGCCUCGGCCGCGCGCCCCGGGGCCCGCGGAGACUUAAGUAGCGGCGGGGCGGAGGCGAGGUGGGGGGAGAAGGAGGCGGCCGCCGGCGGCAGGAAGCGAGGCCCGGCUCGCGCUGGGGCGCUCGGGCCGCGAGUUGGGGAAUGGGUCUCGGUUCCUGCCAGCCCGCUCCACGCCGCUUUUGUUCCUGAGCGUGGGGAGAAGUUCCCCCAAGGCGACGGAGGGGAAAACCCAGGAGCCGUCUGGCGGUUCCCUCCCUGGAUUUCGGGGCAACGCCCAUUAUGGGGAAACCCUUUCCGCAAGCCGCCUCCCCACUGACCACUGCCGCAAGCUCGCACUACAAUGCAUCACUCACUCCGAACGGCCAGUGAAGUUCUAGGUCUCGCCCACAAGGCUGACCAAACACUCUUCCUCUUUUUGACGUUUUACUUUGCUGAAGCCUAAAAGCUUAUUGAGUCUCCCACUUGGGUAACAACCGAGAAAGAAAAGGGUAUUUCAAGGGCUCGCUGACCUGGUGGCCUUGGAUGUGGGGGGUCGGUGUACUCAGACUUGGAUGUUCACCAGGGGCUGUCUGCAUGUUCUGCCAGCAGCCAAAAGGGAAUCAGAGUUGAGAUGUCAAAUUCACUGAGGAUUCAAAGCUCUUUGUCAACUGGGUCGACUUCCAGCCCUCAAUAAAUUAUUUGCAGUAUUCCUAGGUCGAGCAGUUACAAACACUUCCCAGGACCGGACAAAUAACUCAGUGAGUGUUCUGAUGAGGUGGCCAUCCCUGAUACUGCUCAACGCUCUUGCAUUUAUUUGUUAGUAGCAAAUGGAGCGAGCGAGACGAAGAUGGAAUAGUACACAGUCGUUAAAAGGACUGUUAGAUCCAUUUGUACCCACACGAAGAGAAAAAAACAAAAACAUGAAGAGUAAGACAGCAAGCUGCAGGAUACAGUCUCAUGCACGGUUUGCGUGUAUUUUUAAGCCCCACUCUUGAGUGACUUCCUGAGGAGACAUGAACAAAUGUCUAUUCACUCAAAAUAGGGCGCCAACAACAGAUCAAAGACAACAAUUCCAUCCAAGCCCAGCUUGGUGAACCAAUGAGUUUAUUGGGCUUACUCAUCUCCAGCACGGAUGGUGACCUGCCAAAAGAUGAGUAUGUGGAUGUCUCCUUCGUUUCCCGGCCUCCUUAUAUA